CACAGUUGGCGAACACUAGCCCACUUGUCUGUCACUCUGUGGACCAAAUCAGAUAACAUUCACUCUGUGUCAUAAAUAUUAUGUGUACUUGAUGAUAUCUUCAUAUUCUUCUUUCACACACGGUUGAUCAGGAGCAAGGAACACAAUGGUCUAAUGUUGGCAAGUGACGAGGAUUCCCAGCAACAUUCGAGGCUGGAGCCGAGCAGCACGCCCAGAGUGCUGACCAUCCUGGCUUUUGUGUUGGAGAAGCUUGUGGUUCGAAAUGAUAGGCUCGUGGAUGGGGUGAGCCGCGAGCAGGGGAAGAGCUUGGACGUGUUUCAUGGGGCGAGGCCACCCAAUAUUAGUAUUAUCAAGUACAUGGAGAGGAUUUAUAAGUAUACCAAUUGUAGUCCGUCUUGUUUCGUGGUGGGAUAUGUUUACAUUGACAGGCUGCUUCAUAAGUAUCCUCAUUCCCUUGUGGUAUCGCUCAAUGUUCAUCGAUUGCUUGUCACCGCUGUCAUGCUUGCUGCUAAGAUGCUCGAUGAUGUGCACUAUAAUAAUGCAUUCUAUGCUCGUGUGGGAGGUGUGAGCAAUGUGGAACUCAACAGGCUCGAAAUAGACUUGCUUUUCUUGUUGAAUUUUGAAAUGACGGUUCAUUCUCGGGUUUUCGAGAGCUACUGCCAACAGCUGGAGAAGGAGAUGUUGCUAAAUAGCACAACACUUAAGAUCGAAAGGCCAAUGAUAAGCAAUGCUAUUGAUGAUGUUACUGAGAUAUCUAUGGAAGAUAUGCCAAGUUCUUCACCGCCCCAAUUAGUGGACUGACACUUGCUUCACUCUUGUAACUCUUACUUGAACAAUGUACUAAUUGUAAUCUGGUUUGAUUGCCAGAGCAGUGAUGAAUCUAGCUUUCAGGCAGAGUGCAAUCAAUUGACCCACAGAA